GCUUUUAUUUUGUGCCGUCCGCAGGCGGAAGCGGAAGCGCAGUGAUGUGUCGGUGUUUCGGUGAUGAUGGCGGAUAGUAACGAUCAGUAUGAGUCGGUUCUGUGUGUGAAGUCAGAGGUUCAUGUGUACCGAAUCCCGCCCAGAAGCUCCAACCGCGGAUACCGGGCAGCGGACUGGAAGCUGGAGGAGCCGGCAUGGAGCGGACGCAUGAAAAUCACAGCUAAAGGAAAAAUAGCCUAUAUUAAACUGGAGGACAAAAUCUCAGGAGAGCUGUUCGCUCAGGCUCCGGUGGAUCAGUACCCGGGAUUGGCGGUGGAGGCCGUGACCGACUCCAGCAGAUACUUCGUCAUCAGGAUUGAAGAUGGAAACGGGCGUCACGCGUUCAUCGGCAUCGGUUUCGCCGAUCGCGGCGAUUCGUUUGAUUUCAACGUGGCGUUACAGGAUCAUUUUAAGUGGGUGAAACAGGAAAGUGAAUUGGCACGACAGGAAGCGGCUCAGGUUUCGGGGCCGAAGCUGGACUUGGGCUUCAAAGAGGGUCAGACCAUCAAGAUCAACAUCGGGAACAUGAAGAAGAAGGACUCCAGCGGUGCGGCAGCGAAGUCUCGUCCGACGGGAUCUUUACUUCCUCCUCCGCCCGGAGUCAAAUCCGCCGCUCUGGUUGCUCCGCCCACAGCGCAGCAGACGACUCCCGCCGCUCCGUCCAGCACAGGAACGCUACUGGACUUCGAAGACUCCGCCCCCGUCGCGGCUCCGCCCUCUCAGGACAUGUGGGGUGAUUUCACGGCGGCAGGCUCGGGGUCUGCUCAGGACUCGCGGUCGGGAUGGGUGCAGUUCUAGCGUCCCGCGGCACGCGUGCCUGUUCAUAAAGGGAACCGACGACUCACGGACGCUGUUUUCCCGCGGAUGUUUUCUAUGCAAUCACAAGCAGCCGCACGGCUGAUAUCUGCUGCAUUCCAGCUGGUGUUGAGUUUCAAACACAUUUCUCGUCACGUGUGAUGAAUGUCGUCAGUAUCGUCUCUCGUUUACCUUUAAAGCUGAAGCGUGUCUCCAUAACGACCGUCUCCGAACAGGUUUCCAGAACACUGGACACAUUUGUCGGCCUAAAGGCCGGCCCAUCCCUGAACUCAGUUGACAGAAUCCAACAAUAGAAAGUAACAGUGUUUACAGGAAGUUGCUUCAGCAACUUCCUCAUAGUGACUCGCUGUCAGGCUGCAUUUAAACACUCACACAAAGACACGCUUCAGUUUUAAAGCUCUUCGUUGUGUUGGUUUAGAGGUUCAGUGUCUAAGAAUCAGCUGUCGGUAAGGUUUUCUUUUGUUUCUUUUAACGUCUCGAGUUCCCGGUGUGUUUUAUCUGUGCGUCACGUGACCUGAGCUGGUUUUAUGUGUGUUUAUAAGCAGAUGAUUUUUCACACUAUAUAUUUUGAACUAACCCCAGACUUUAUUCGCUUUAUUUUUCCAGGUGAUUACAGAUUUAUUCUUGAUAUUGUCAGUAAUUAAAGUUCGAAUCUUUCCUUCAAGUGCCUUUAUAAAACACCUGUAGAAUGUACAAAUGAUGGUUUAUAUAUAUGAAUAAACCUUUUCCUUGUA